AUGACGGGUUCACCGAUCGUUUCGGGGACGACUGCGGGUCAGCGAUUGCCGAAUGAGCUCCUUUUGCACGUCGUUAGCUUUCUUGAACCUGGUAUCGGUCAGUUCUUGGAGGCGUCCCAUGAGGCGACCAAGACGCUCAUGGCACUCAUGCGGGUCUGCAAGUCAGCAAAUGCAGCAGCAAGCCCGAUAUUCGCUCAUCAUUGCGUCUUCCUUGACUCUGAAGACCGCACCUUGAGGUUUGCCCGGUGUCUGGCCCUUGCUGCUUCUGUGUCCGACCCCGUGCACCAAUCGCCGUUUAGAAGUGUUUCUGCCAUUUUUAUGGAAUCUUUCCUGCAAUUAAAAACAGAGCAUUUGGAAACUUUGACGGUAGUUCAAAAAGAGAUCGAGGAUGAUAAUGCAGAUGACGAGGAAGAUGAGAACAGUUCAUCCGAUUACAUCCCCGUGCCAAGACCCCAUCCAGAACUCAAGGAUCUCCCGGUAGCAGUCGCUGUGCGCGAUAUAUUUCUCGCCGUUGCCCCGAACUUGAAACGACUCAUUAUAAACAUACCACUUCGGUCCCUCUGGCCCGAAGACGACGAGUUCGGUGUCAGGGCUCUGCUGCGAAGCGGGUUCGAGGCUCUCAUCAAUCUUGAAGAGUUUGUCAGCGUACAGGACGAGCUUUUCCUCAUCACUUCCAAAGAAUCACCCUCAGACGAGGUGGAAGUAUGGGCAAAAUAUUGGCCAAACCUGCGUCGCCUUUUUCUGUAUAAUAAGUUUCUCGAGGAUGCCUUCUGGCAGGAUGUGAUGGGCUGUCCUCGGCUGGACUCUGUCAUCCUUGGUCGACCGGAUGGGAAUCACGUCUCAGAGCCAGCAGACAUCAAACGAGACUGGAUUUCUACACUCGCAGGCCACAGGGUUGGGGGAAAUGUGUACCGGGGGCCCAUCAGACCGCUCACAGUGAUCAUAUUCGACAUGGACGGGGAGCAUUGUUCUAUCACGGGAUUUAAUCCGGCGUGGGAGACUUUAGACCCCGAUGAACGAAUUAGGGUCCGUUAUGCCAAAGCACCCAACUCAGGCAUCCCCUCAGAUGAAGCAUCCCCUUGCGAGUCUGUUCAUGUUUGGGUCAGAAAGCAUGCCUUUGCAGGCACGUUAUGGUCCGAAACUGCAAUCGAGACAUACAACCCAUUGAGUAGAGAUGGGUAA